AGAGGGAAGGAAAAGGAGGAGAGAAAGGAAGGACAGGAAAAGAAAAUUGCCGGGGCAAGGGGAUUUGGGGAGGGAAAUCGAGAGCAACUGCGAGACUGUGAGUGGUGUGCCAGAUUUGUUUAGAAUGUCUGAAUGAUUCUAACGAGGGGGGAAGGAAGACAAGGCCUAAUGGUGGACGAUUGAAUGAUUCAUGCGAGCGUUGAAUUGUGAUCUAAUGGUUUCUUCAUUUCUGAGGUUUAGGGAGAUGCUCUUCGCAUAAGAAAGUCCUAUUGUUCGAUUGUGCCUUCGUCUGAAGUGGCCUCCAGCUAUGGCUUUGGUUGAUAUAACCAAAUCCUGCAUCGAUUCCAUCAGACAGAUACAAGAGCAUAUUGAAGGUGCCAUUGUUUACUUAGAUGCUGGGUGCACAGAAAGUUUCCAGUUUAUUGGUGCAUAUCCCGUGCUUCUGGAUGUUGGAGCCCGAGCUAUCUGCAGUUUAGAAAACAUGUGUUCACUUGAUGUGGUGGUUGAUUGGAACUCAUUUUCUGAUCCUGCAAGGAAACUUGUCAUAAUCACAUCGUGUUUACUAAGUGAUGCACAUCGAUAUAUUUUACGAUGCCUGAGCACACAUCAAGUUGUCCGUCAUUGUAUCAUAUUUACAUCAAUCUCAGAGACAGCUCAUUCAGCAUUUCCCGAUUCACCUCUGGGACCAGAUGCAUAUCAAGAAUAUGAAGCCUUGCUGAUUCAAGAUUAUGAAGAACUAGUUAGGAAAUCUGGGACACAUUCUGGUGGAAAUGGAAAGGAUGCUCUUCAUCAUGAAGCCAGUUCAAUUGCAAAUUUAUGUGAAGAUAAUCCAUUAGGCUACAUUGAAGGUGCAGGGCCAAGAUUGGCUGUUUCUGUUAAUCAUUUUCCUUUGAUUUUAUGUCCCCUUUCUCCAAGAGUAUUUGUUCUACCUUCAGAAGGGUUGGUAGCUGAAGCAUACUUAUCAGCCGACCAUGAAGAUUCCAUCAGUCCUGGAUUGCCUCCUCUAAGUACUGGAGUGCUCUCUGAUGCUGAUGAUGUGCCUCCAGGGGCAACUCUUACUGCUCACUUUCUGUACCACUUGGCAUCAAAGAUGGACUUGAAAAUGGAAAUUUUCUCCCUUGGUGAUAUGUCAAAAGUAGUUGGGAAGAUUUUGACAGACAUGUCAAGUCUGUAUGAUGUAGGUCGCCGUAAACGAUCAGCAGGGCUUCUGCUCAUUGACCGCACACUUGAUCUUCUUACCCCUUGCUGCCAUGGGGACUCGUUAGUUGAUUGUAUGUUUUCAUGUCUGCCCCGUAGGACUAGAACAACUUCACACCCCCAAGUGAAGAGUUCAGGAACCCAACUCAAACAUGGCACUUCCUACCUGCAACGUGCUCCCUUAGAUGUCCAGAUACCACUUUGGAAGAUACUCAAUGAGGAAGAUUUCAACAUGGAUAAUUUUCAUCUACUAGAAAGUGUUGAAGCGUUUCUUUGUGGUUGGAAUUCUAGCUCAUCUGAUUGUCAGAUGUCCGAUUUAAUUAGUUUUAGUCAGAAAAUUAAUGAAAAGUCUCUAAAUUCUGAUGGAGAGAUGCUUACUGGGUCCUUAAUCUCCUCUGAAAAUUUCCGUGGAACACCAUUUUUGGAAGCUUUACUAGAUAGAAGAACAAGGGAUGGGGCCCUACUUGUAAAGAAAUGGUUACAGGAAACUCUGCGCAGGGAUAAUGUAACUUUGAAUGUAAAAUCUCGUCCUGGUCAUGUUACAAGGCAGGAGUUGCAAGCUAUGAUCAAAGCAUUGGGCAGGAGCCAAUCAUCUUUAGUGAGAAACAAAGGAAUUAUUCAAUUAGCUUCUGCCACCCUAUCAACCCUUGAGGAAUCAACUUCCGCCAGAUGGGAUGCAUUUAGCAGUGCUGAAAAGAUUCUAAGCGUAAGUUCCGGAGAAACCAGUCAAAGUCUUGCUGCUCAAAUUGGCGAUCUCAUUAAUAAGAGUGCUUUAUUGGGAUCACAUGGAAAUAAAGUAAAAAAGGAGCUCUCACGGGGGGUGCUUUCGUUGCAAGAUGCUUUGUUGUUGAUGAUUGUUGGAUAUAUAUUGGCCGGGGAGAAUUUCCCAACAUCGGGGUCUGAUGGCCCAUUCUCCUGGCAGGAGGAACGUCUGUUAAAAGAGGCUGUUGUAGAUGCCAUUCUUGAAAAUCCAUCAGUAGCCAAACUCAAUUUUCUAGAUGGACUAAGGGAAGAGCUUGAAGCUAAUUUAAGUAAGUCAAAGUCAGAGGAAACAACCAAAGAAUCUCCAAAGUUAGAUAUUGAUGAUUUUGAUGAUGAUCAAUGGGGAAAAUGGGGCAAUGAAGAAGCUGACGAUGAUGAGCAAGUGUUGAUGAUGCAGCUGAAGUUGGAAUUGCGUGAGGAUCAUCUUUUUAAAUUCCUUCAUAAGUUGUCCGAUUUGAAAAGGCAUACCAACAAGGGAUGGACCGGACCAUGGAAACAGGUGAUUAUGCUCUCAACGUGUGCUGAAAAUUACCCCAACUCUCCAUUUCUUCGCAUUUCCUGACCAUUCUCUCCCUCUGUUUAUGCAUAACUAUUUUCCCCUGACAUUAUCUGGAUGAAAAUGCUGCAGGCAAAGCCCAGUCUUGCUGAUCAAAAUGUCAUUUUGGUGUUUGUGAUUGGGGGAAUCAAUGGAGUUGAGGUGCGUGAAGCUCAGGAAGCCUUGUCUGAGAGUGGAAGACCUGACAUUGAAUUGCUUGUUGGUGGAACAACUCUACUCACUCCCAAUGACAUGCUCGAUUUACUAUUGGGGGAGUCCAGUUACGUUAGAUCCUUUCGGCAAUAGAAAAUAGCGAAAGAAAUCUGAUCGAAAUUUGUUUUCCUAAAUCAUGUAUGAUGUAUCUAAUUUCAUUUUCUUAAUUUUCUUCACAAAAGAAUUUUUUUCAUAAAUAAA